AUGUUUCUUAGAAGAGGUCUCUUUCUGGUAAAAUUCCUUUUGUGCCUCCCAGGCAUUUGGGGUUCAGAGUGGGGCGUUGUCUACAUUCCUAAGGAAGCUUGUGCCUUGGCAGGCUCAACUUUGUACGUGGACUGCACAUACGUCUAUCCCAGCCACUUGAAAGUGACAGGUGCAUUCUGGUAUCAAGGAUGUAGCAGUGGUGGAGAGGAUGAGGAUCUGAGUCAGAACAAAGAGUUUGCAGGUCGGGUGGAGUAUCUGGGCGAUACGGAGAGUAGCUGUAGCCUGAGGGUAACGGAUCUGAAAGAAAGUGACUCUGGUGAAUACUGCUUCAGGUUCAUUACAAGUAGGUGGUGGCGAGGAAAAUGGACUGGAGCUCCUGGAGUUGAUCUCUCUGUUUCAGUCCUGCAGGUGUUGAUGGCCUCAGAGACGGUGACCGAAGGAGAGAGUGUGACACUGACCUGCCACAGCACCGCCUGCACUCUGAGCAACAGCGCCACCUACCUCUGGCACAAGAGUUCAAGGAUUGCAACCAGCAACCGCACCACCGAGAAGAACACACUCACCUUAGACCCGGUCAGCAGCGAGGACGCAGGCAGCUACUCGUGUGCGGUGAGAGGAUGUGAGGAGCAUCCCUCUCCUGCAGCGCCCCUCACUGUCCGAUAUACUCCAAAGAACACCUCAGUGUCUGUGAAUCCCUCUGAAGUGUCGAACGGAGGUUUGGUGACUCUGACCUGCAGCAGUGAUGCCUACCCACCUGUGCACGACUACACCUGGUACAGACAGAAUGGACUUGGAACAUUCCGCCUGGGCGCUGGAGAGAAGAUGAACUUCACUCUGGAUAUUGGCGAUAGUGGACGUUAUAUCUGUGAGGCAUGGAAUGAAGUUGGCUCUGGUAACUCCACAGGAGUGGAGAUAACGUUUGCAGCUCCAGCAUGGUGGAUCACAGCAGAGCUCUUAAUCAUUCUGUCUGUCAUGGCUCUCUUGAUUUCUCCCUAUAGCUCCAGCAUGCUCCAGGAUGGUGGAUCACAGCAGAGCUCUUAA